AUGGCGACCACUGAACAAUCCACUACACAAACCACUCCUGUAACCAGGGCGACGGACCACACCAGUAGCCACACGACAACACCGAGACCCACCGUCACCAUGGAAACCCCUCACACCGUCAGCACCCUCCCCCCUGACCACACGACAGCAUCACCCGAACACACCCGCAUCACUACAGCAGCGACACACAGGAAAACAACUGUUACCAUGACAACCACCACUACAAACGGCAUCGAACGCCCAACUGCACACAGUUCUCCUGUUACCAUGACGACGAGCGCCAAAAGCACCACAAGUGUUGACAGCACUGACGGCAAGUCUACGUCCAGCACAAUGACGUCCACUGGUGUUACCAUGACAACCACCGCUGGAAACGGCAAUGAACACUCCACUGCACACAGUUCUCCUGUUACCAUGACGACGAGUGCCAAAAGCACCACAAGUGGCAGCAACACUGACGGCAAGUCUACGUCCAGCACAAUGACGUCCACUGGUGUUACCACGACAACCACCGCUGGAAACGGGAAUGAACAUUCCACUGCACACUUUUCUCCUGUUACCAUGACGACAAGUGGCGACAACACUGACAGCAAGUCUACGUCCAGCACAAUGACGUCCACUGGUGUUACCACGACAACCACCGCUGGAAAUGGGAAUGAACAUUCCACUGCACACAGUUCUCCUGUUACCAUGACGACAAGUGGCGACAACACUGACGGCAAGUCUACGUCCAGCACAGUGGCGUCUACUGGUGUUACCACGACAACCACCGCUGGAAACGGCAGUGAACACUCCACUGCACACAGUUCUCCUGUUACCAUGACGACAAGUGGCGACAACACUGACGGCAAGUCUACGUCCAGCACAGUGGCGUCUACUGGUGCUACCACGAAAACCACUGCAGGAAACGACACCGAACACCCCACUGCACACAGUUCUCCUGUUACUAUGACGACGAGUACCAUAACCACCACAAUUCACAGCAGCGCUACGUCCAAGAAGACGACGACGACAACUGCAAGUGUUACCACACCAACAGGAGGCGGGACUAAGACGGCCAGCAGUUCACAUGUUUCUUUUACCCCGAAUAAAACAAUCACAGCAGAGGGCACGACGGCUCACCCGGCCGGUGUAGGUGAAGAUGUAGAUGGAGGUGGAGGCGUACCUGGAUGGGGGAUAGCUCUGCUGGUCCUGGCAGCUCUGGUUCUACUGCUGCUCAUCCUGCUGCUGAUAGCACUGCUGGUGUGGUGCUGCUGCAGGGGGCGCUACAGCCACUUCAGUCCCUACACCAACAUGAACCGUGGAGACAACAUCCCGCUGUACACCACACACAGCCACUUCGAGGGGGCCAACGGAAGACAAUUCGACUGUAGUCCUCCUAAGACACAAAACAUCCCAGAUGUCCUCAUGAGGACCAUUGACGAUCAAUCAAUCAGCAAGAAAUGA